CACGCUGGGACAGGCCAAGUGGCAACAACUACGAGCAACUUCAGCAAUUCGAAGAAAUCUAAACGCUACUAAAAAAUUUGUAAUUUUUCGUGGUUCAAUUAAAUUAAUCGAAAUUCAGUUAUCAAUCGAAAUGUCUGCUGCUAUCGCAAACAACUCAAUGUGCAAUGAUUGCAACAACAACAACAGCAAGAAGAAUAGCAGCUAUUUGAUGGCCGCCAAACAGUCACUGCUACAACACAGCUCCAAUACACACACUUCACUGCUACAGCACUGGUCCGAUGUGCAACAGAAAUCAAAAGUUUCACCAUCGCGUCGCCUAAAGAAUCUGCUGAAGCCACUGCUGGGACGCAUCUUCCAGUCGCGCGCCAAACGUCAUCAAAAUCGCAACUCCUACAUUGCCGCCUCACCCAACGGCGAACGGGAUGCAGAUUUUGAGUGGCUCAGCCAUGAAAUGGACAAUCGCGCCAACGAAGAUCUCGAGCAGCGGCUGGUCGAAGAGUUGGAAAUGUGUGAUAGUGACGCGGCACUUGUCGUCUACAAUGAGAAUGGCACGCCUCGCUUGCAAACGGUGGACAAGGAUGAGAUUUAUGUGCCGGUGCAUUUUGCGCGCACCAACGCCGGCACCUUCUUCUGGACUUCGCUACAACGUCAGACAAUGGAACCAUACAAAAUACAAUGGAACUUUAUGGAUCGCUGGGCGCAGGCAUAGAAGCGGGGUGGGAAUUGUGAUGUGUUGUGUGUGACACUGAAAUUGUAGGGCGAAUUUUGUGUUAGACAAAAAAAAGGGAAUCUUCAACGGAACACACGGCUGCUGGGGGCGCAUGCGCUCCAGCAUUGGGUAAUGCAAGGUUUGGUUACUGCGACCUUGCUAGGGACUAGGGAGAUCAAAGGUAGGGAAAAUAUUGGUGAAAACACUAUGAAAUGCUACCAAGAAAUAUCACUAUUUUUCGCAAGAAAAAAGUUGACUAUUUCACGUUUUUGUUAGGAAAUAAAAAACAGACAAUUUUGUAAUUUUUUUAUUUGGAAAAAAAUGUAUUUAAAAUUUGUUGCACGUACAUAAGAGCUCCUGAUUGUACAAAAACGCUGGAGAUGAAGUCUGAAUAUAUUGAUUAUUUUAUAUUAAAAUUGAGAACACAAAGGCAUGUUAAAAAAUAUUUUUAACCAAAAUGAAAUUAUCUAAGCAUAUCAAUAAAAUACUCAUUUUAAAGCAAGAAAGAGACUCAUUAUUUAUUUUAUAUAGCGAAAGUUGUGAAAAGUACGGAACUGAAAAUGUUAAAAAAUUUAAGAUAUUAAAAAAUGAAAUUUUAAGCAAAAAAAAACACAACUUAUUUCAAAAAUGUUAAUAAAAAACUUAACAUAACAAACCCAAAUA